CUGUAAUGUAUUGUCUUGUUCCCGUGACAAAAAAAAGCAAAUUUUUCGUUCAGAAUAAUUCGUCUUACUGAUUUUAGUGUUGCUUUUAAAGUCACAACGAAUUGACCAAUUAUAAAAUUUGAAGCUCAACUUCUUAAUUUAGCCCACAAGAAUAGUUUAUUGGGAAUGGAUAACGUUUUCGAGCUUUCUCAAUGUGGGCUCAAUCAGAAUCACAAAAUUUCACCAUUAGAUUCAAAUUAUUAUAAUUCGUAAAGAUAGCUAACAAAAAUCAAAAAAAGUGAAAAAGAAAAAAAAUAUGCGAUUGCAUAGAAAUCCACAACCUGACAUGGAUCCAGCUCCAAGUUGAAAUUGAUGGAACGCUACGAGCGUCUGGGCAAAUUGGGUGAAGGGAGUUACGGAAUGGUUUUUAAAUGCCGGAAUCGAGAAAAUGGUCACAUAGUAGCAAUAAAAAAAUUUGUUGAAUCUGAGGACGAUCCAUUAAUUCGAAAAAUUGCUCUACGUGAAAUACGCAUGCUAAAGACAUUAAAACAUCCAAAUCUGGUGAAUUUGCUCGAAGUAUUCCGACGUAAACGAAAACUUCAUUUGGUAUUUGAGUUUUGUGAGCACACAGUACUCCAUGAGCUCGAAAGACAUCCGUAUGGCUGUCCAGAAAUAUUUACCAAACAAAUUAUUUGGCAGACGUUACAAGCCGUUGCAUACUGCCAUCGACACAAUUGUAUACACAGAGAUAUAAAACCGGAAAAUAUAUUACUCACUUCCCAAGGGGUGGUGAAACUUUGUGACUUUGGAUUUGCAAGAUUAAUGAAUCCCGGAGAAAAUUAUACUGACUAUGUGGCUACCAGAUGGUAUAGAUCUCCUGAAUUAUUAGUAGGUGAUACAUUAUAUGGUCCUUCAGUUGAUGUUUGGGCAAUUGGUUGCGUUGGCGCGGAACUUAUAAGAGGAGAAGCUUUGUGGCCAGGAAAAUCUGACGUUGACCAACUGUACUUAAUAAGAUCUACUUUAGGUGACUUAAUAGCAAGACAUAUGCACAUUUUCAAAAUGAACGAAUUUUUUCGAGGUAUGAGUUUACCACAGCCAGAACUUAUUGAACCACUGGAAAAAAAACUACCUAAACAAGCAUUAUCUAUUCCACAUUUGUUGGACUUUUUAAAGAUGUGUUUAGAAAAAGACCCAUUAAGACGAUGGACGUGUGAUCAAUUGUUACGGCACCCUUUUUUCGAUAAUUUCUCGUUCAAGUACCCGGAAGGAGAUUUAUACGAGUUUGAAAAACUUAAAACAUUUCGAGAAAAAUCAAAGAACGGACAUUACGUGAACAUCGCCUCAACGCUAUUUCCACAGAUACCGAGCAACAAUCAAAGCCCUGACUUGACUCGUCCUUUAAAAGUGGCGCAAAAACAUUUCGAUCAUUUACCAGACAUCUGACCAAAAGCUAUGUCAAUAAUUAUAUUAACAUCGUCAGAAGUCAUCACAUUACAAUCAUACUAUACCUACUAUAUAUAUAUAUAUAUAUCCAUAAAUUAAUUUUACAUCACCGAAAGGAGAUUUCACCUGUUUACCUAAUAUGUACCUGCUAUAUUUUGUGAA